AUGGCAGCUCGAGACCUCAUCUGGUUCAUCGCAGUGUUGUACGUCCUUACGCGUAACAAUGUUGACCAUACAGUUAACCUUUCUAGUAUCCUCAAAUACAAUCGCCUCGUUAUUCAAGGCAUCUCAUAUAUGAGGUACAAGCCUAUUCCAAUUCCUCACAACCCGAUUCUUACACCGACCGAUGUGACUACUAUAAUUGCGACGCUCGGCAAAAACCCUGAGGCCCUUUCAGAGGGAAUUCAGUGUCACAUACAAGCCGGAAGCAAGUACAUCUCGAUCUGCACUCCUCCUGAUACAUUUGGUGAAGUUAAAGCCCUAUCGAGUGAUAUUGAGAAGAGGCACGACGACGUCGCAAUUCUGGUGUCCAAAGCUAGCUCCGCCAAUAAGCGAGAACAACUUGUAUUGGCCAUUACGAAUGUUCCUCAGGACCGAAAGAAAGAACAUAAAAUUAUAGUAUUCGCUGACGACGAUAUCGCCUUUCCUAAGAACACUGUCCGAUGGAUGCUUGCAGCUUUCGAGGAGAGUAAGGUUGGCGGAGUAGGGACUUGUCAACGAGCGAGACGCAUCAAAUCUGGGCAACUUUUAGAGCAGAUCGUCAAUUGGAUCUUCGCUGACUAUAUUGAACGUCGAACUUUCGAAAAUUCGGCGACUUUGUGGAUAGAUGGUUCGAUCUCAUGCCUAUCAGGUCGAAUGGCUGGUUUUCGAUCGGAGAUAGUCGAAGACCCUCGAUUCCAAAGCGGAUUCGUAUCUGAGACGUGGAACGGCCACAAGCUUAACGCAGACGACGAUAACUAUUGGACACGGUAUCUGCUCGAGAAUGGCUGGAACAUUAAAAUUCAGCGCCAUGAGGAGUGCCAGGUCGAGACAACAUUCGGGACGAGUGUCCGGGAACUCUGGAGAUUUGUGCGAUGGCAGAGAAGCAAUCCAAGGAGCAACUCGAAAAGUUUACGAAACUUUGAAAAUUGGCGGUAA